CUUUUUUUCCUCCCUCAAUCAUAUUAUACUUCCUACGUCUGGAUGUGCAUCUCUGCUCUGUAUAACUCUUUCUACUACUACCACUAUUACUAUUACGACCUCCCACUGCUGGUGUAUGAUUACUAUUUCUCUCCUCUAACUAUCUCUUACAUAUUGAUUACCUACUCCCGUGAAUAGCUACUUUCCUUUAGAAAGCUGGACCAACUUUACAGAGCUCAUCUUUGCUUUCUCUCUCUCUCUCUGUCUCCCUCUCUCUUCUUUUUCUCUUCUUUUCCUUUUUUCCUUUCUUUAUUUUCGUUUCUUUUCUUUUUUCGUUAAAAUCAUUGCCUGAUCUAUUCUCUCGAUUCCUAGCCCACCCCCCACUACAGUAACUGGUUCCGAACGUCGCAAUGCCUAGAUCCGGUAGAACAACGAUUGGAAGACCCUCUGACAUAGAUGCUGACUAUGAUACACAGUCGUUGACAGCAAGUGUAACCGACUACCCUAUAGAGAAUGGAAGAAGAUAUCAUAGGUACCACGAAGGCGCAUAUCUGUAUCCUAAUGAUGAGCAGGAGCUAGAUCGUCUAGACAUGCAACACCAUAUGUUGAAGUUGAUGACCGGUGGGCGCUUGUUUUAUGCUCCCUUAAUAAACCCGAGAAACAUUCUGGAUAUCGGAACCGGUUCGGGUAUUUGGCCCAUGGAGCUGGCGCCCAUCUUCCCACAAGCCCAGAUCACAGGAACUGACCUGUCACCCGUCCAACCGAACGAAGUACCCGAAAAUGUUCACUUUAUUGUCGAUGACGCCACAGAAGAGGAAUGGCUUUGGAGCCCAAACUCUCUCGACUUUAUCCACACAAGCCACCUGUCGGGCUCUCUUCCAUCCUUCAAGGAUCUGUUACGAAAAAUGUUUAAGCAUCUCAAACCGGGAGCCUGGGCAGAGUGCCACGAAUUUGACACAAAGCCGAAGUGUGACGAUGGCACAAUGCCCCCGGAGGACCCCGAUACCUUUAGCACCUAUGCACUACAGGAUUGGUGCGACCUGCAAAUACGUGCAGGACAGGCAGUUGACCCCCCGAGGCAAUUCCGGGUCGCCCAUCGCAUUGCACGAUGGAUGAGGGAAGUGGGCUUCGUCGAUGUCGAGGAACGUAUCCUUCCAGCCCCUGUGAAUCCCUGGUCGAGCGACCCGCACCUCCGCAACAUCGGCAGGUGGAACGAGACAAACUUCCUAGAAGCCCUAUCAGGGUGGUCAUAUAAACCGCUGACUGCCCUUGGCUGGUCGAAACCGGAAAUCGAAGUCUUCCUUGUUGAUGUCCGGAGGAGUGUACAAAACCGCGACGUCCACGCUUAUCUCAACCUUCACGUGGUGACAGGAAGGAAGCCACAUCCGGGAGAUGAGGAGCUACUCGCCUCGACAUUCCGGCGAUUCGCAAAUAGCCAACGACGGUAUGAGAGUCGAGUUCCGGGGCCAUUGGAGGCAAGAAAGCGCCUGGCGAGGCGGCGGAAUACCGCGCUAGCAGGUCUUGCGGGAUCGGGGCCGCUGGAUGAUAUUGCAUGCUUGUUUGGACGAAAUGGACGAGAACAUAUGAAGUGGAAUGAUGGGGGGAAUAAUACGUUGUCGGAGUCGCUAGAUGCCUUUCCUCGCCCUUCGUCACACUCAACCGGUCCCGUGCCGUUCUUUUAUGAUGAGAAUCCGAACUCAAUUGGAUUCGACAAGCCGCUGGCUUGGCCGGAUGCUCGGGAUGGGACGGACAAAGUCGCUCGCGACAAGUAUAUCGGAGAGCAAUUGAGGAAGCAUCGGACGAUGCGGGAUUUGAAACAAGCUAUUCGCCAGUUCAACGUCGACCUUCAACGUGAACCCGCAUAUAGUCGGCUUAUAUUCGACCAUUUGUUGGCUGGCUCGGCUGGGGAGAAGACGGCCGUCGAGGAAAUUGCACUGUUUUUAGAGGAUCCUCUUUUGAAUAUUUGUGGAGCGGGAAACUAUCUCGGCGCAGUCGAGCAUCAUAUCUCGCGCGGAAUCUGCUUGACUAAACAACGUGCUCCCCUGGAUGCUUUCAUUCGAGCCUUGGAGCUUGGGCUUGUUCCUUCGGAUGAAAUAUGUGCGAUUAUAAAAGCACUAUCGAAAUUUUCGGUUAGGAGCAGGGGGGCUGGGAAGCAGAGUGGGAAGCCUUUGACACGAUUCUAUAGAGAGAUGUGGGAUGCCAUUGGUCGGUGCGACGUCUACGAUUAUAAGGACCUAGAUAAGACCACUGUCGACACCUGGCUUGGUGUUCUCCUGGACAAGGGCUUAAUGAAUGAUCUGCAUCUGGCGAAGGAAAUCAUCUUGGCUACCGAUGCCUCUCUGUCAACAAAACGCGAGUGGACCCCGAAGUUUAUCAUCAACUGGUUGGAGGCUCAUCAAGGGUUGCAAUCUAAGCUUGAUGAACAAUAUGCCGACGGAAUCUUGAAUCCCGAGUCAGUCCUUCGUAUCACGGAGCUCCUUGUGCUCAAUAAAAGGACUCAAUUGUUGGAGACGUGGCAGACUUGCUUGACUGGGCUUCAGGAUGCCACACUCAUGGGCUCAUCGGAUGUUUGGACUGAUCUACAACAGCCCACAGGUACAUCCACCUCCGGACUCCCGCUACAGCAUCAAAUCAUACUUCGUCUGUGGAAUUUGCGAGUGCUUGGCUCUCAUGUUCCCGCAAGGUCACACCCGAGGCGAGGCCCAAGAGAAACUGAUCCCACCAUACUCAGUCUUUUUAACCUAUAUGAUUCCAAGAGGACUGACACGCGCGAGGACUUCAUGAGUAGCUUAAUGAAGGGAAUCCAUGAGCUGGGCAUACCAUUCAAUGGCCUGCUGAUGCUAGCCGUCGACCUGAGAGCCGGUAAAAGCAUGACCAAAACGGCUCGACAGACUUUGCAAAAAUUCGAAUCCUCACCACCCUCCUUCUCCGACAUCUUCACAGACCUUCACGCCUACAAUGCGGCCGUCCCUCACUUCUUCUCAAACUUUGAAAAAAUGGUCCGCGACAUCGACAUUACCAGUUCUACCUUUGUCGAACACGCAAUCAACCUUGCGAGAACAGGCGACUCCAAAACCGUCUGGACCCUCAUCCGCCUCCUCCGAUCACACACGCCUCUCAAAAUCGCCCUGGCCAAAUCCUGGCAGAGCAUCCCAGACCCAUCCGCGAAGGCGCUAGUCCGCUACUACCCGGAGCCCAGGACAGCCGCUUGCCCGGACCCCCAUGCCUCGCUCGAGAUGAUCAACCUCCUCGCGAUCGCAUUUGCCUACUCAAAGCAGCUCAGCCCGCGUCGGUCUUUCGAACUAGUCCGCUGGCUUUAUGUCUUUCUUUACAAGCACAACGCUCCCGUGCAGCCGGCCUUAGUGCGCGCCUUGUAUCAUGCCGGAGUGGUCCGGUUUCGACGCGAUGGGCUGCGUGUAGCCCCAACGCAGUAUGCCUAUAUUUGUGCUAUUGUAAAGGACGCCGAGGGCCCCGAGGUUGUCAAGGCGUUGAUGGAUAACACUUUACAGAUCAGAUCAGAUCGAUCAGAUGAGGGUUGA